CAACGGUCGACGCGGACUUGGGAUAUGUGAUUGUUGUCACCAAACUAACUGGCAGGGGAAAGAGCCAGCCAUGAAGAGAUGUAAAGCUAUAGAGAGUUUCUUCCGCAAAAAAAAAGAUUAAAUCAAGUGUAGUUGAUGCAGAAGCAGCAGCAGAAGAAGGUAUCAGGCAGCAAGACAAAAAUGUCACUGGAACAGAAGCAGCCAGCAAGGAUUCAACAGGCAGUGUUUUCAGUGGACCCAGCCAGCAGCACCCAUCAUUUUCCACUAUUCUUCCUGCAACUUCAAGUAUGUGAAGGGAAACGUGAGGGAAUUGUAGGGAGAUUUUGUAGGGAAACUUUGUUUCUUUUGUAUGAAGCAAACUAAAACAGCUGAAAUCAGUGUUGUAUACAUGCAGCAUAUUUGCCCUGAAAAUACAGUGAACAUAUUCUGGUAUAGAUCAAAGAAUAAGGUUCUUUGACUGUUUCUUAAUGUUUAUUUUCCUUAGUCAUUGAUUCAGUAGUUAAAAUAUUUGACAUCAUUUUCCAGGAUCAGUUUUUGGUGAUGAUCAACAAGCACCCCCAACCCCACCAGAAUACAGAGAGAAUUCAGCUGUAAGUAACCAGUCUGAAUUUGAAGAUGACUACCAAGAAUCUUUGUGUCAGCACAUGUCAGGGGGUGAUAGUGACAAACCUCAGAUGCUAGAUAUCAACAUCUCCACAGACCCCAUUCUGCCAGGACCACAUGACAUCUCACAGUCUCGGGCAGCAGGACCAACACAGCCGCACUUGAAGUUAUUCCCACGCACCAUGCAGGGUGACCGGAAAAGAGCUUUUAACAAGAGCUGGUACGCACAACACCAAUGGCUGGAGCAUUCUGCAAGCCAAGACUCUGCAUAUUGUUUUACUUGUAGACACUUUUCUCUCCCUGGUGUUCAAGAGACUUCAUUCACUUCACCACUGGGCUAUUCCAACUGGAAGAAGGCAAUGUAUAAAGAUGGAGGAUUCAGGGCACAUGAAAAAUCAGAAAAUCAUGUAAACUCCAUGUUAGCGUGGAGCGAACACAAAAGAAGGAUUUUGACAUACACUUCAGUGUUAAGUGUCCUCGAUGAGAAACACCAAAAACUAGUUGAACAAAAUCGUGCCUACAUUAAAACAGUUGCUGAGGUACUUUUAUUUACUGCAUUGCAAAACAUUUCACAAAGGGGACACAUUGAGACAGAUGCAUCUACAAACAAAGGAAACUUUUUAGGCAUUAUGGAAUUAAUUGCUAAGCAUAGUCCAUUGAUUGACAAGAAAUUAAAAGCUGUAGGUAAUGCAAAAUACACAAGUAACAUUAUUCAAAAUGAGAUUCUUGCGUGUCUGUCAGAUAUGGUACGUGAAAGCAUCAUCAGUGAAGUAAAGGAAAACACAUUUUUUUCCAUCAUUGUAGAUGAAACAAAAGAUCUGAAAAAGAAGGAACAACUGUCAAUAGUACUUAGGUACUACUAUAAUGGUGCCGUCCACGAAAGUUUUCUUGAUUUCAAGCAAGCUACUGAGCUUGAUAAAGAGGGGCUUACUCAAAAAAUAAUACAAUGCCUGGAGAGGUAUGGACUUGAGUAUAGGUCAAAUCUAGUGGGGCAAGGUUACGAUGGGGCAUCGGUCAUGUCAGGGAGACAUUCUGGAGUUGCUGCUAGUAUUAGAGCUAAUGCAAAACAUGCAUUUUAUGUGCACUGCAAAGCACAUUGUCUUAAUCUUGUUCUAGUUGACUCAACAAAAUCAGUGCCUGAAUCUGAAACCUUCUUUUCCCUACUACAGAAAUUAUAUGUGUAGAUGUCAGGCUCCUAUGUGCAAUAGAAAUGACUCUCUGUGCAAAAGGAAAUGUACCAAGGUGCCCCAUGAGAGCUACAAAGACUCAGUGACACCAGAUGGGCAUGUCGGUACAAGGCUUGCAAAAAUAUUAAGGACAGACUGCCCACUGUAUUGCGUGUGCUGCAUGAUAUUGAUGUGGAGAACAGUGGAGAACGCUCUGUGGAAGCACAGGGUUCCCUUUCUGUCGGUCUCUCGACGUUGUGUCGAACCGACAGAAUGGGGUUUGUCUUGAGACUUCUGAGUAAUUAGAAAAGGCCAAUGAAAAUUGGCGAAUGAAAUUCACCUUUUGUUCUUCAGAGCCUACGCAUCUGAUGAGCUUCUCUACGAUCUGGUGAUCAUUCUUUCUGCUGGAAUCUACGACGUGGACAGCGGACGGUCCCUUCCUGCAGUGACUCUCCCCUGGGCGUCUCGGCAGUUCCGGAGGUGUUCGAGCAAUUUCCUUUUCUAAAAGAGCAAAUUUCUCCAGCGUGGCUUGUCCCGCUGUUCUCAUGGGUGCAACACACUCAUCGAGGAGGGGGACGGACACAAUGCCUGCUUCCAGUACGCUGGGGCAGACGUUGUGGAUACGUCCUGCCCGCACUGCGGGUGGUGACGAUUCAGACGUUGCGUCACAGGUGGCUGUGUUCCCACGGGACUCAGCCACCACCUCGUUUGCUCCCCGUUCCGUGGCGGCAGGACUACGGCCCUGCCGUCCGCUAUGGCAAGCAGCGAGGGUGAUAUGAGGAUUACUGUGAGCGAUAAUCCGCCAGCCACGGCUCACGGACCGUUCACACCUCGUUUCGCU